UGGGUCGGCAUGGCAUGAUAGAGAUGAGGCUCUCCAUUCAAAUACCAUUGCGUUGCUCGGAGCUUCCUCAACUAAUUGUUCUCUGCAACAGAGCAAGUCCUCCCGCUUGCCCACAACAUACAGUUCAUUACAUGAUCUCCCAACGUUAUGGCUCCCUCUCGCUUAAGUCAUGACUCUACCAUCCUCAUUGUUGGUGCAGGAGUUUGGGGGUGCUCAACCGCCUUGCAUCUAGUCCGGCGUGGCUACAAGAACGUGAAAGUUUUGGAUCCUUAUACCGUUCCCUCUGCAAUUGCAGCUGGAAAUGAUAUCAACAAGAUCAUGGAGCAUCGAGAGCCAAAGGAAUUUGAUACGGAUCCCCGCAGUAUUGCAUUUGCGACCUGCACUCGCGCCGCGUUGAAAGGGUGGAAAUCAGAUCCUGUUUUCAAACCGUAUUUUCAUGAAACUGGGGUGAUCGUAUCUGGGCAUACCCCUGCCUUGAUUGAACACAUCCGCGAGACAGAGAUUGAGCCCUCCGAGGCUGACUUCAUCAAGCUGGAGACAGCAGAGGAUUUCCGCAAGACCAUGCCAGAAGGAGUGCUGACUGGCAAAUUUCCCGGCUGGCAGGGUUGGCUCAAUAAAUCCAACGCCGGAUGGAUCCACGCCCAAAAAGCGAUGAUCUCCGCUUACACUGAGGCCAAGCGCUUGGGAGCCCAGUUUCUUACCGGGUCACCGCAAGGAAACGUUGUGUCUCUUGUCUUCGAGAAUGGAGAUGUUGUCGGGGCGAAAACAUCCGACGGUGCUGUUCACCGUGCAGACCGUACCGUGCUGUCAGCGGGUGCGGGCAGUGAUCGCCUCCUGGACUUCGAAAAGCAGUUGCGUCCUACCGCCUGGACCUUGUGCCACAUUAAGAUGACUCCUGAAGAGACCAAGCUCUACAAGAACCUACCUGUCCUGUUCAACAUCGCCAAGGGCUUCUUCAUGGAGCCAGAUGAGGACAAGCACGAGUUGAAGAUCUGCGAUGAGCAUCCCGGAUAUUGUAACUUCAUUCCUGAUCCUAAGCGGGGUGCUGAGAUCAGAAGUAUUCCAUUCGCUGCGCAUCAGAUUCCGCUGGAAGCCGAAGCUCGUGCCAGGGACUUUCUCCGGGACACCAUGCCGCAGCUCGCGGAUAGACCGCUGUCCUUCGCCCGCAUAUGCUGGGAUGCUGAUACGCCAGACCGCGCUUUUUUGAUCGACCAACAUCCCAAGCAUCCUUCAUUAGUUGUUGCUGUAGGCGCUUCCGGAAACGGUGCGAUGCAGAUGCCCUCAAUUGGAGGGUUUAUUGUGGACGCAUUGGAAGGUCAUCUGCAGAAAGAGCUGAAGGAUGUUGUUCGAUGGAGACCGGAGACUGCUGUCAACCGUGAUUGGAAAGCGACUCAAAAUCGAUUUGGUGGACCGGACGCAGUCAUGGACUUCCAGAAAGUCAAAGAGAGCGAGUGGACCAGAAUCAAUGAGAAGAGCCGGCUGUAGCUGUCAGGGGCUGGUUCCCAUGGGGAGCUGCGGUGUCCAACGAUCCAAUUUGGCGGCCAUUCAUAUCAUAGUAUCGUCAUUAAGUAUAAGU